AUGUCAUCUGAUCUAGAUAAGAAAUUGUGUUAAAAGCAUAAAUUAGAAAUUUUAACUAUAGAUUUAAAAUAAUCAACUGCUGACGAGGACAAAUACCUUUGUAUAAAGUGCCUAAUGGAAAAAAUUGAUAUUUAAAACAUGGCUUUGGUUGAAGAGACAAAGACAAUGAUUAAGUAAAUGAAAAGUGAGCAAUUAAAUAACAAAAUCAAAGAAUAUUAAAGUAGAAUUGAAAGUUUUAGAUAAAUACAAUCAUAAAUUAAAGAAUUUAAAUUAUUGAUCAACAACACUAUUGACAAAAUUUAAAGUAACAUAGAUUAAAAAAUCACUCUAAUGGAGAAUGAACUAGAUGAAUCAGAAUCAAAAACUUUUGUUUCUUCUUUUGAAGAAGAUGUCAAAGUAUUAUCAAAGAAUUACAAAGGAUCAUUCAGCUUUGAAAUACCUAAAGAAUUGGAGAAGUUUCUGGAUGACAAUUCUUAUAUUGAUUCUAUUUCACAAUAGUUACAAACUAUAAUAAAUUGCCCAAAAUUAACAUAAAUUAAAGAAGCCUUAGAAAAGACUAAAGUGGAAAGUGGAAAUUCAGAAAUAAAGUAAGUCUAAUUACUUUCUAAAAAGGAGGAAGAUCCAUAGGUAAUUAUUAUUUUUUAACUAUUACAAAUAGAAAACACCAAAUUUGAAAAUUUAAUGUAAUAAACAUGGAAAAGAAAUUAUUAUGUUUAAUUUGAAUCCUGAAAAAACUCAGUUUUCUAGAUUGGCUUGUGUUGAGUGUAUAUAAUCAAAUGAUCCAAUCAAAUACACAACCUUAGGAGAUGCUAGUUGUAGAUGGAAUGAAUAUUUAGGAUAAACUAGCGAUUAGGUUAAACGAUUUUAAAAUUAAAGAUGUUUGAAAUCAUCAUAACUCAUUGAAAUAUUUCAAGAGAUAAAGGAAAAAUACAAUUCCAGUAUUUCAGAAAUAAUCAAUAAGGUAAACACUUAAUACUUCUCUUAAAAUGAAACUAAUGAAUUUAAUGAAAAUAUAAUUUUUGAAAUGAAUACUGAGGAAGUUAACGAAUUAACUGAAAUAUUAAGUUAGAAUAAUAAAUUCUAAGCUUUGGAUGAAAAGUAAUUAAAUAUUCAAAAAGAAGACCUUGAUUAACUGGAAAUCAUAUCAACUAAUUUUGGAAAAUUGUUAUAAAAUGAUUUAAUUGCAACUGAAAAGAUUAAUAAAAUCUUCAAGGAAUCAAGUUAAAAUAUUUCUAAUGAAUAGAAGAAUGACAUUUUACAAGAUGAUAAUCCAAUUUCAAAUCAUCUAUAAAUCAAGCAACUUAACUUACAACUACAGAAUUUCAAAAUAUAUUAGGAUAUCUUAAAGGAGGCCUUAAAUUAAUAUGAUUUAAUUAUACAAACAAUAAAUAGUUUGUUAAAUUAAUUCAAAGAUAUAUAAUUAUAACAAGUAAAACCUCUAUUAAUAUUAAUAAGUUUAAACAAUAUGUAUCGAAGUUUGAUAAAGAUUUAUCUCUUAUACAAAAAUUCUCUUAGUUUGAUUAAUUUGAAGCUGAAUUGAAGUUGCACAAGCAAGAGAAGGAAUAACUGUAAAAUCUACUCACAGAAAGUGAAAAAAUUAAUUUAGGGAACCAAUAAGUUAUAAUAGACCUUAAGAAAAAUGAUGUAGAAUAAAUAAAGCUAAUAUAAGAUUUGAGGAAAUAAAAUGAAGGCUAAUAAAUUAAAAUAAAAGAACUUGAAUAAUAAAGUAAUUUUAAAUAGUAUUCAAUCUCUUAAUAGAAACUUAAAGUGAAGUUUUAGUUAAGGAAUAAAAUCAGAAGAAUGAGGAAAUGAUAAAAUAAUUAUAAUAAACUUUGGUAUAAGUAAAUGCUUUAUUAGAAGUAGGUUUAGUUAUUCUCUUAAUAACUGACUUUCUCAACAAUUUAUAAGCAUAGUAAUUGUUCAGUUACUUAAAAUGGAAAAGUUAUUGAGACAAAUUAAAGUAAUAGUUGGUAAUGUUGUAUGUGUGAUUAAAUGAUCCCUAAGAAUGGUGUGAUCUAAUUUGCUAUUAAAAUUAUUGAAAUUAAUACAAUUUUGAUAGGAAUUGGUUUUAGGGAUAUUGUGUAAAGUAAGAAUUAUGUCAAUUGUUAUGAGAUUGGAUAAGGGUAUAUUUAUGAUAUUAAUAGAAUCAAAAUAGAACAUAUAAUAUUUAUUAUGAUGGUUAGUGUUAUAAUCAUGAUUAAUAAGAUAAACAUAGAAAAUUAAUAGCAUUUCCAUUUUCAACAAAUGAUAUUAUAAUUGUUGAAGUGGAUAUUUAAAAGAAGUAUGUGAAAUGGACAAAGUAAUCCACAAAUCAAUCAUUCGUAUCAAUUUCUAUUUAUUAUUAUUAUUAGACUCUCAAUAUUGAUACAUCCAAAGAUUUGUAUCCAUGUGUACAAUUACAAGGUAGAAGUAAAGUAGAGAUAUUAAAUUAAGUAUUUAAAUGA